AUGCAAAACGAAGAAUGGAAAAUUGUUUCAAAAAGAACGGCAGUAAAACCUGCAAGAAUAUCACCAACGAUUAAAAAAAAACAUAAUUUUCAGUAUCUGAAUAAAGAUUCAAAAAAAAAGGACCGUAGUAAAAAUACGAUGCAGAAUUCGUCCGAGAAUCGAAAUCAAUCAAAGAAAUUAUUUGUUUCAGAGAUAAUCGAUUUCCAACUUCUUCCACCAAAUCGUCCAGCACUUGUUGAUAUAGUAUGCUACGGAAUUGGAAGCAUCGAAAAAUCCAUCACAUCACAAUAUCAAUUCGCAUUAAUGUUGCUUUUUAAGAACUUAUUUCAGAUAACAGGAAAAAUAUAUGCGUAUGAUCCUAUUCUUUCCCAAGUUGAUACUGAAGUUUUGACUCAUUAUAAUAUUGAAUCAAUUAAAAUCAACGAGAAGGCGAAACGCGUUGUCACUAACCAAACCUUAUUUUAUAUGCCGCAUUGUCCACUCGGAUUAUAUAAUAAUUUGAUCGAGGCCAAUUGGGACAGAAUAAAACUAAAAGAUAUCAUUAUCGUUGGAAAUCGAUUGGACUUUUAUAAUGAAAGAAUGAUCACAGCUUCUCUCGAACGCAAAGCACCUUAUAUAAUACCAAUAUCCUUCCUUAUGGCCACAGCUUGCAUUUCUUGUGUCUUUUACGCUUUAAAGAUUCUCCAAAUUCAUCUUUUCCCUUCGACUACUAUUCAAUCUCCUGCGAUACCAGACAAUACAUUUAACGACUUAUGUUGGCAAUGGUUUCCAAUCGACAGGAUAGAUUCGUAUAAAGAAGAUAGUGAAUUUUGGACCUUGAAACGAGAAUCGAAUGAAGAUCCAGAAAUUAUCUAG